UUUUUUUUUUUUUUUUUGGCUUUUUUACUCCAAAACUUUUAAUAAAACAAACCCCUCUCUCUUUUUAUUAAAAAAAAUGUCCUCUCUUGCAGCUGCUCAUCGUUUGCAAGUUCAAUCACUUUACAAGCGUUCUUUAAAGCUUUCUCUUGAUUGGUACAUUCAACGUGACUUAUGGCGUCAAAAAGCUUUAGCCAUCAGAGCUCAAUUCGAACAAAAUAAACAUGUCACCAACCCCAAGGAUAUUCAAGUCCUCCUUCAAAACACAGAGAAAGAACUUCAAGAAUGGGCUCACCCCGAUCCCUAUAAAUUCCCCAUGGGUCCCGAAGGUACCAAAUGGGAACGUAACCUUCCUCCUAUCGUUGCUGACUCUUCUGCUCACCACCACUAAAUUUUUUGUUAUCAAAUUUAAAAAAAAUAAAAAGAUUUUAUACACAACACA